ACAGUAGCCUGUUUGACCGACUCAAACAGUAAUAGAAAUGGCGACCGGGCCGAAGGUGGCAACAACCCCCUUGGAGGUUCUUAGCAACGAUGAAACACGAAUCCCCUCAUUUAUGAGUAAAUACUGGGCCCCUGGAAUAGGCGGAGGCUCAGCUUUUAUCGCAAUGCUAAUUACUAACUGGUUUCUUAAAAAACCAAUACUGUCGGGGAUUCAGGCCCAUGUUUUGGUAACAGCGGGGGGCGCAGCUCUUGGGAAGUACAUAGACGAUUAUAGGAACAAUUAUUUCGCUGAAAGGGACGCUGCCUUUAGGCAUUACAUUCAGUUACACCCUGAGGAUUUUCCCGAUUUCACUCGCAAGAAGUAUAGCGAAGUGUUGGAACCUUGGAUCCCCAUCCGCUGAUUUUCCUGUCUUGUAAUUCAAGUAGUUUAAAUAAAUGUUAUUUAUUAAAAUGGGGUUUUUGGGAAGAAAAUGGAUUAAGUAUGCAUUUCAUUUAUUAAUAAUUGUGGGCGAAAAUACAAGUAUUUAACUUCUAAAUUGUAUACAUUGUAAAUAAUCAGAGUUACUCUAAUAAGAUGUGAUGUACAUUGUUUAUUUGUAUUGAGAAAAGCCUACAAAAUAUAACAAUACUUAUACGAUCAUUUCCAAACUUCAAAGUUAGACUUCUUAUAAUUCAACAUUAACAAACAAAAUGGAAGAAUCUGAUAAAUUUACUUUUGGUUAGAAAAAUACAUGUAUCAAUAAUACCUCUAUUUCUACAAAAUACAUUAAUCAAUAAAUACAUUAGUCACCCUUUAAUUCAUCACAGACUACAAUAAUUUAAUUUUGCUGUGGUACAUGUAUAAACGGUAAUAGAAAAAGUAAAAUAUAAACCACUUAAAAUCUACACCUGAAUUACAAAAAUAAAGA